AAUAAUAAUAAUAAUAAGAAUCGGAACAAAAAAAACAACCAUCACAACAACUUGGCUUGCAUUCCUGGGAGCAGAGCGAAAAUGGCCACAACCUUUGCGACCGUCGUAGGAUUGGGUGGUGCAUCGCUUUCAUCUACCUCAUCACGCCUCACCUCAGGGUUUGUGAAAUCGCCAAUGAUUGCUAGGAAUCCUUUGAGGCAAGCUAUGGCACUGGGAGAUGGUGGGAGGGUUACGUGCUUCCAGAGGGAUUGGCUGAGGACAGAUUUCAAUGUGAUUGGGUUUGGGUUGAUUGGUUGGUUAGCACCUUCUAGCGUACCGGCUAUCAACGGUAAAAGUCUCACCAGCCUCUUCUUUGAUAGUAUUGGAGCCGAACUUGCUCACUUCCCCACUCCUCCUGCUCUUUCUUCACAGUUUUGGUUAUGGAUGAUUACGUGGCACCUGGGGCUGUUCAUAUGCCUCACUUUUGGGCAAAUUGGCUUCAAGGGAAGGACCGAGGACUACUUUUGAAUUCCUAACUUAUGGUCUUUUCUUGCUUUUUCCUUUGUUAUUAUUAUUUUUCUGUCAUGCAAUGUACGAUGUAUAACUCUUGCCACCUUUUCCUUCUGACUAGGAAAAAUCUGUGUAAUAUCGCUCCGUAAUGUUGUAUAUUAUUAUUAUUGUACUUGUCCCUCAUCAA